GGCGGGGCCCGAAGGAACCGAGCCGGCGUCGUCACCGCCGCCACUGCCGCCACUGCCGCUACUGCCGCCACCGUCGUUGUCGUCGUCGUCGUCGCCGUCGCCGUCGCCACCGUCGCUGGCGCCUCCGAUCCGCGUACUAUUAUUAUUAUUAUUAUUAUAUUCCGUACCCCGCGGGACGGCCGACCGGAGAGUGUUCCCGGCGAUCGCGCUCGACACACGUACCGCACUAGCAGCACCAGCACCAGCACGAGAUAUUCUCCACUAGCAUCAGUCGUCAUCGACAGGGUCGGCAGCAGCCGCGGAAGAUGUAACGCGAGCGAGAACGAAACGAGACAAGGCGGAACAAAGAAGCAAAUACAAUACAAAAAAUAAUUUUUUUUAAAAAAUGGAGGGAACCAAAUGCUCCCAGAUACGUACUCGCCAGCAGUCAUUUUAUCACGCUGGCGUCGUGAUGUAUUUCAUUUGUGCGCAACUGAUGAUAUCCAUUGAUUCCGCAGCCUUUGCGGACGCCGUUGCCAUCGGAGUGGCCGUCGAGGACAAAGUGACGUUACCGUCGAGAAACGAGGCGACAAACCCGUUAAAAGAACCGACGCCCAGCACGCUGCAAGGGGCGUUCUUGAGCGGCAACCUGACCGACGCCACCAACGGCAGCGCCAGCACCACACCGGCCGAGGCGUCCGUCACGUCCACGACCGCGGCCGCGGCCGUCGAAACGGUUUGGAACGUGCAGACGGCCGCCGUGGCCACUCUGCCGGCGGACGGACGCAACGCGUCGGCGAUGGCCACCAGACCGGAGUCGGCCACCACCGUCCGACCGCUGGAAUCGUGGGCGGACGUCGUGCAGACCGGCACCGACCAACCGUCGCGGUCGGCCGAAGAAUCGGUCGGCGGCGGCGGCGGCGAUUACGGUCGCGACCUGAACAACAAAAACCUCAUGGCCAACAUGCUGAAGAGCUGGUUCAACCACAAGGACGAUCCGGCCACGCCGUCCGCGGCCGCCGCCGGCAAAGGAUACUAUACGGUGGCUACCAAGUACAUGAUCGAGAACAGCGGUGUGGGCGAGAGGGAGAGAGCGGGAGGACCGGCAAAGGUUAACGACGGCGGCGACGCGGAAGCGAGGCCCGGCGCGGCGCCGUCCCCGUCCAAAGCGGUGACGGUGGCCGUCGUGGCCGGCAACAAGAGCCUGUUCGAGCGGUGGGACGAGGCGAGCGAGGAACAGGAACGCGUCCUGGAGGACGCCAUGCGCUCACAGGGAUCCGCGGCGGGCGACGGCGAGGGCGAUGCCGACUCGCCGUCGUCGCCGUCGUCGUCCGUGUUGGCCGCCGACCAGAACACGCCCAGCCGGUGGUUCGUGUUGCUGUUGUCCGGCAACUCGACCGUGGCGCAGAUGCGACGCACCGAUUUCGCUAAAUACCUCAAGCUGAACCUCGCGGCCAGGCUGUCGCUGGAGUACGACGAGGUCAAGAUCAACCGCGUGCUGGUCGUCCCGCCCCGUCUCAUGGUCAACGUCAGCGUGGUGCCCGUCUCCGAGAGAGCUUCGUCGGCCGCGUCCGCAGCCGCCGUGGCCGCCGUCGCGUCUUCGUCGCUGUCUUCCUGGUCGCCGUCGGCCUCCGACAAUACCGCGGCGGACGUCUCCGAUCGGGUGGUCGAGGACGACGACCCGCUGCACAACCUGGUCGAAACCAACUCCACGCUGAUGGAACUGUCCGGAGAAGAAUAUCGGGUGGAGAGAUUCAUGUCACUGAAAUCGCAAAAGCCACAGUCGAUGGAGGAGGCGAAGGCCGUGGUGAGUGACCGGCACGCGGACAUCGACUUCUUCAUAUACGCGACGGUCGGCCCGCUGUGCUUUGUCGUCGUGCUCGGGUUCUUGUUGUUGACGCUGUACAAGUACGUGCGCAAACAUCCGGUCCAGUGGCCGUGGACGCGCAAGUUCCGGCACCCGUCGUUCUGGCCGGGCGGCGAACACCAGCACCGGCACCGCCGGAUGACAGACGAGUGCGGCGGACGGGACUUCGGAACGUCGUCGUUGGCCGACGACGAGACGUCCAACGGCGGCGGCGGCGGCGGCGGUUCGGUGAACGUCAUCUACUCGGGCGAGUUCGAGCAGAGCCAACAGCAGCAGCUGUCCGGCUCGUGGCUGGACGACGCCAGUUUCGUGCCCGACGACAGCCUGGACAGGAUACGCACGCCCACGCUGCGGCGGACGGUGCCGCCCAAGCACAAGACGUUCACCGACAUGCUACAGCAGUACAGCGGCGUGGACGGCGUGGACGACACCGGCGCCGGCGUGCAGGGCGUGGACGGUGGCCGCGCCGCCGUCCAACACCUGCACCGUCACCGCGGGCCGUCGCGCGACGGACAGUGCGGCUCGGCGGCCGCCGUGCACCACGCGCAGAGUCCGCGUCUCAGCCGGGACAACAAGCUGCGCAUAUUGGGAUGUAAACAGUCGUGUCUGCUGCUGCCCGCCGUCCAACCGUUGCAGGUCACCGAAAACGCCACGACGGCCGCGGCGUCGGCACCACCGUUGUCGCCGUCCCGACCGUCGUCGGCGGAGCCCUGAACGCGCGUGCCCGACGAGGAGCAUAACACCCGAGUAUUUCGACGCGCGCGUGUGCUGCACGGGACGUUCUUAGAACGUCGGUCGGACACGCGCGACAACCUAAACCGGACACAGACCGUGGUGUGAUUCGUUUUCAUCACACGCUAUCUGCUCUCACUCUCACCCCCCCCCUCUCUCAUUCUCCUAGCUCUCUGCUGCUGCUGUUUACCAAAAACGUACUAAACAUAAAAAUUAAAAAAAAAAAUAAUAUAAUAUAUUUAUUAAAAGUGUAUACAUAAAAAAAAAAAAGGUUAGGUGUUUUAGCCGUUUUUGAUUUUUAAAAAAAAAUUAAAUUAUACUCACGCGAGCGCGUCACAUACCCGAGAAACGUCAGGCGACAAUAUCGUAUAAUAUUGUAUUUUAACAGAAUAAUAUUAUAUUAUUCUCGUUGUUUAUAGUACCCUCGUAUAUUAUAAUAUUGUUUAUGCAGAGGCACUAAAUACCCGUCAUCCGCACGAGUGUAAUAAUUUUACCCUUAUAAGCAAGCGAGCAUACAAUGUUUUAUUGUCGUACGUUGUCGUAUAAUAGUUGUGUAUACAUAAUUGUUGCGACGUCGUCGAGUAAACACGAUAAUAAUGAUAAUGUGUUAAUAUUAUAUUCAUAUUUUCUUGAUUGUUUUUAAUAUUAUCGCUAUAUACAUAGUAGUUAUUAGUAGAGUCACUGAAAAAAAAAAACAAAAAACACACCUAAGACGAAACGUAAAAAAUACAUAUUAUAAAUUAUAAUAAAUACUCGUAAUAAAAAUAUUAUUUUUUUUCGUACAAUAUCGAUAGUUUGUGAAUGCUAUUUUUUUCCGUGUAAUGAAGAUUAUAAUUAUAUAUUAUAAUAUAUGCCAUAACACAAAUAUAUUAUAUACGGUAUACUAUGUACUUAUAUUUACUCUAUUUUAUUACGAUUAUUACAUAAUAUUUUAUACACCGAUGGUCUUUAUUAUGAUAUCCGUAUAUACCAUAGGUUAUAAUUUGUACAUAUUAAGUUGAACGACUAGUGUUAGAUUCGUCUUGACGUAUUUUUUGGAAUCCCAUUUACCCAUUUAUGGUUAUCACAUUAAAUAAACUAUUCUGUAGCUUAUGAUAAUAACACAUACCUCGACAAAGUUGGUCGGUUUUGUUCUCGUCGUUAAGACAUAGACUGUACGUUUCACGUACUAUUGUUGUAAUAUUAUUAUCGUCUUGUCGUAUUAAGUUAAGUUUGCGUAAAAAAUAAGUCAGACAAAAUAUAUGCGUCGUAAUAUUAUAUUAUAACCAGAUAUUAUUAUAAUGUAAAUAUUAAGCUGUAUAAUUAUCGGUACAUAGAGUCUUCGUAUUAUACUAUAAGCUUUUUUUUUUUAAAAAAACUACUAAUACUAAUAAAGGCAAAACCAUUAUAAACCAUGUUAUUAUAUUUAGUAUUUAUUGACUUGGUUUCUUAACUGUAUAGUGUGUAAUGAACCCAUAUUAUCUAGUAGUAAGAUAAAUUAUUAAUAAUAUUAAUAUUACCUAUAUUAAAUGAUGUGCUAUAUUUCGUAAUUAUCUAUCGUAACAUAACAAUUACGAUAGUUUUUUUUUUUUUUAUGUUAUAAUAAAUUUGUAAAAUGAAAUCGAUGUGUAUAAAACGAAACCAACACCGUUUACUAAAAAUAAUUAAGUAAAUAUAUUAUUACUAACAACUAAAACGUAUUCUAAGACUAAAAAAAUACUAAAUAAUAUGUUAAAAGUUUAAAAUUUAGAUAAUAUAAAUAUAUAUGUGUAUGACAAGAAAAUAAUAAUUACUAUAACUAUUUAAUAUUAUGCCUACACUACUCAUGAUCAGUAAACAUUAAAAAAUAUUCAUGGUAAUCACUAAUCAUUAAUAAUGAUAUUAUUGUUGUAUUAAUAUUACUAUUUCAGACUUCAGUAUAAAAUAAAAGAAUGUAGUUAUGUCUGCACGUUAUUAAAUUAUAUAACAUAUACCGUCGAUUUCUCAAUUUGCAUAUGAGUAAGAAUACUUCUAUAUUUUUGUUCAAAAGUUUGCGUGUUGUAAAUUUAAUUUGGUUUAAGGCUCGAUGAUCGCUAAAUAAAAUUAUAUGUUUAUUAGUGAAUAUAUAAUAUCGUACAGUGUAUAAAAAUGUAUUUAUGCAUUAUAUUGUAAUUUGUAGUUAAAAACUUAUUAAGAAUUAAUACGUCUUACACGUAUCAUUUCGAUGUUUAUCACGUAGAUAAUUUUUGAAAAUUAUAAUUUUUUUCAUCUUAUGAAUAUUAGAUCAAUAGACAAUUUCUACCAUAAAAUAUUGUAAAUGUCUUCCUCCUUUUUUGUUGUAUAAUAAAGUCUAUAGUUUUAAUAAUUUCUAUUCGUAUAGAAACUGUUUUGACCGUGAGCAAAGCGUAUUGUAGUUAGUUUUAACAUUAUACAAAAAUUAUUAUAUUCCUGGACGAUGUGAACAAUUAUUACGAAUGUUUUCAUCAACCACGUUGUUUUAAUUUUAUAAAUUUUAUUAGUUAAUUAUAUUUUAAAUUUAUAAAUUUUAUGUAAACAUUAUAUAUAGUUAGUUGUGGUUUUCUCCGCGCAGAUUAAUUGUGUAUUAUGUAUUUAACUACUUUAAUAUAAUCAAUAAAAUCGAUAUUAAUAAUA